UCAGGUCUACUCUCUCUCUCUCUCUCUCUCUAUGCGUGAAGAAAUGAGAACCAAAAUAGUGAAGAAGGCAUUGAAAGAAUUACAACUGUAAUAACUGAACCAAUUGCCACCGUCGGAUCAGUAACUAGAAAAACCAGACGAGAAGCGGAAAGUGCAGGAUCCGAAUUGAAAUCGGGGAGAUCCAAAUGACGUCCGGGGAUCCGAAUCUGGACUUGCAGGAGUCUGGUUGGGAGGAACUGAGGAGAGAGGCCCGGAAGAUCGAGGGCGAUCUCGACGUCAAGCUCUCUUCCUACGCCAAACUCGGCGCAAGGUUCACCCAAGGCGGAUAUGUGGAUACUGGGUCCCCAUCUGUUGGGUCCAGCAGAUCGUGGAAGUCCAUGGAAAUGGAAAUCCAAUCGUUGCUUGAGAAGCUACUGGAUGUAAAUGACUCAAUGAGCCGAUGUGCUGCAUCUGCUGCUCCAGCUACUUCUGUAACUCAGAAGCUUGCAAGGCAUAGAGAUAUACUUCAUGAGUUUACCCAGGAAUUUAAAAGAAUCAAGGGAAACAUAAAUUCAAUGAAGGAACAUGCCGAGCUUCUGAGUUCAGUCAGGGAUGAUAUUAGUGAGUAUAAGGCCUCUGGGAGUAUGUCCCCACGGAUGCAGUUACUACGGGAGAGAGCAGCCAUCCAUGGAAGUAUAGCUCAUAUAGAUGAUGUGAUCAGUCAGGCUCAAACAACAAGACAUGUCUUGAGCUCUCAAAAGGCUUUUUUUGGGGAUGUUCAAGGGAAAGUAAAGCAUCUAAGUGACAAAUUUCCCAUAAUCCGUGGCGUACUUGGUUCAAUCAAACGGCGGCGAUCGAGAGACACUCUGAUUUUAUCAGCAGUCAUUGCCGCUUGUACGUUGUUUCUUAUCAUCUAUUGGCUUUCAAAAUAACUAAAGAUGUGAUUUUUAUUCAUAUGGGAAAAUCAGAAAUGAUGUUGCUUUUUCUAGGAAUUUUUGCUUCUGUAAUUUGUUACAACAAAUCCACUUGUGUUUCAAAAGUAUGUUUCCAUACCAAUUG